UUAAAGGACUAAAAAUGGUGACGUACAUACUUAAUGGAUCAUUAUAGACCAACCGAAAAACAUAAAGUUUCUUUUUGUCAUGAAAAUUUGCAACUCUUCCAAUGGAGGCUUCAUCGUUUUCCACCAGACUCCGAUAUCCAUUUCCAGAGACAUUGCUGAGCAAAAGAGAAAACUUUCCUGCAUUGAUUAAGUGUUAUGCAUCCCCUUCAUCCACGAAGAAUGGCACUGGAACUUUACUCUGUCAAGCUGGGUUUCAUACUCGGAAGUGGAGUCUCUUGCAGGUGUCGUGUAGCCGAGAGAGAGAUAUUCCUGUCAUAGAAGCUGGGUGCAUGGAUGAUAUAUAUGAUGCUUUGGCUGAACACCUUGUUCCAACUGCUGCAGCAGCAUCAAGCCCUAAUUUCAAGCAUAUUGUUGGUCUUGCUGGCCCUCCUGGUGCUGGAAAGAGCACUGUUGCAUCUGAGGUAGCUAAGAGAGUCAAUAAGUUAUGGCCCCAAAAGUCUCGUUCCUUUGAUGAUCAAGUUGAGCCUCCAGAAGUUGCUAUUGUUCUUCCAAUGGAUGGAUUCCAUCUUUAUCGUCAUCAGCUUGAUGCAAUGGAGGAUCCAGAGGAAGCACAUGCGAGAAGGGGCGCCCAAUGGACGUUUGACCCCAAUUUACUGCUGGAAUGUCUUAAGACUCUUAAAGAUCAGGGAUCAGUAUACUGUCCGUCUUUUGACCAUGGUGUAGGAGAUCCAGUAGAAGAUGAUAUCUUUGUGAACCUUCAGCACAAAAUAGUGAUAGUUGAAGGUAAUUAUCUGCUUCUUGGAGAUGGUGCUUGGAAGGAGGUAUCCUCUAUUUUUGACGAGAAGUGGUUUGUCGAUGUUGAUAUUGAGAAAGCAAUGCAACGUGUCCUAAAGAGACAUAUAUCUACAGGGAAGCCCCCUGAUGUUGCUAAAUGGAGGAUAGAUUACAAUGACAGGCCCAAUGCUGAGCUAAUUAUGAAGUCCAAGAAAAAUGCGGAUAUGGUGAUCAAGUCGAUUGACGAAUUAAGGUGAAACCGCUACUUGUCACCUGCGGUAAGAGUGAAACUCAGCAGUGCACUAUUUCAUCUGAGCUAAAACUUGAAUGGCUGCAUCAGAAGCAAAAUAGAGUUCUGUCGAUUGGCCUGCAUCUGGAGUAGGCAGA